AUGCUGACCAAUAAAAGGAUCUACGAUGCCAUUGUUGUGGGCUCUGGUCUUGCUGGGCUUACUGCCAGCUUAGAAUUACAGGCCAAAGGUUUAUCUGUUGCUUUGAUUGAGAAGACAGACAAGCUUGGAGGAAAUUCAGCAAAAGCCUCUUCAGGCAUAAGUGGAGCUCCAACAAGGUUCCAGGACCCUAACGAAGGAGACUCUGUGGAGUCAUUUCGCGGGGACACGAUCAAGUCAGGAAAGGGAUUGUCCAAUCCUAUGUUGGUGGAUAUUUUGACCAAAAAUUCAGCGGAUGCCAUAAAUUGGCUCUCAGAUAAGUUUAAUGUGGACUUAACUGCUGUUGCCAGGCUUGGUGGCCAUUCUCAUUCGCGGACCCAUAGAGGAAGUGGAGCAUUGCCUCCUGGCUUUGCUAUUGUGUCCGCACUCUCCAAAAGAUUGCAAGAAUCAAGCAAUGUGGAGAUCAUGAAACUGUGUCGCUUUCAGGGCUUUUUGAAAAAUGACGGAAAAGUAGAUGGCAUCAGUGUGUCCAACUCAGACAACGAAAACUUGUCUGUUAAUGGGAAAAACGUCAUUAUUGCCACUGGUGGAUACUCAGCAGAUUUCACAGACCAGGCCAGCUUAUUGAAGCGCUUUAGACCGGAUCUCGUGGAUUUCCCCUCUACUAAUGGUCAACAAACUACUGGAGAUGGCCAGAAAUUUGCUGAGCGGGAUUUAGGUGCUAAACUCUUGCACAUGGACCAGAUUCAAGUACACCCAACUGGUUUCAUUCAGUUGAAAGACAGUGAUACUAUCCACAGCAAAUGGAAGUUUUUGUGUGGCGAGUUAAUGAGAGGUAUUGGUGGUAUUUUGUUGUCGCCAAUCAAUGGCAGGCGUUUUGUGAAUGAGUUGACAACGAGAGACAACGUCACACAAGGAAUAUUGUCGCAUUGCAUGAUUUCUAAGGAUCGCCCUGCUAUAUCCAUCAUUGUCAUCGGUGAGGAAGACUAUUCGAAAGCGAAAUCGCACAUCGGAUUUUACAUGUCGCAACAGUUGAUAUUCAAAGGCACAUACGCUGAUGUGUUGAAUAAACUUGAAACGGUCAUACCAGGACAUAACCUUUCGGCAGAUGACAUUGAAGCAGGUUUGGAGGAAUAUAAUCGUAAGAUCACCAGUGUGGAUGAUUUGGGAAGAGAAUAUUUUGGUAACUCAGUGGGACCCGAAUUUUAUUUUGGUUUCAUCACUCCAGUCUUACAUUUUUCUAUGGGUGGUAUCGAAAUCAAUGAAAACGCCCAAGUCGUCACCACCAGUGGAACAAUUGAGGAAAACGUUUUUGCAAUUGGCGAGGCAAGUGGAGGUAUCCACGGCGGUAAUAGAUUAGGUGGGUGUGCAUUGCUUGAAAGUGUUGUCUUUGGUAGACAUGUUGCUAACUACAUUACCAAGCAAUAG